AUGGAUGAUAGUGUGGUGCUUGGAAAGAAAGGCUACAGCCUGAGCAACACGCUAGGAGAAGGCUCUUACGGUAAAGUGAAAUCUGCCUACUCCGACCGACUGAAAUGCAACGUAGCUGUCAAGAUAAUUGACAAAAGGAAAACUCCUCGGGACUUCCUGGAAAGAUUUCUCCCCAGGGAAAUACAGGCUUUGAGACGUUUGCACCACCCCUCAAUCAUCAAAACCCAUGAGAUUUUUGAGACAUCAGCUGGGAAAGUGUACAUCGUGAUGGAGCUGGGGGAAAAGGGAGACCUCCUGGACUACAUCAAGAUCACGGGAGCUAUGAAAGAAGACAUCGCUCACAUCAAGUUUCAGCAGUUGGCUUCUGCCAUCAAGUAUUGCCACGACUCAGACUUUGCUCACAGGGACCUGAAAUGUGAAAACAUCCUUCUUGAUGAAGACCUCAACAUCAAGCUGUCAGACUUUGGGUUUUCCAAAUCCUUGUCUCGGGAUAAAAAUGGAAGAACUAUUCUCAGCCAAACCUUCUGUGGGUCUGCUGCGUACACAGCCCCUGAAGUGCUAGAGGGCAUUCCUUAUGACCCCAGGAUUUCUGACAUAUGGAGCUUGGGUGUCAUCCUGUACACAAUUGUCUACGCUUUAAUGCCAUUCGAUGAUUCCAAUGUCAGGAAAAUGAUCUCUAUUCAGAAACAACGCAAGAUUCCCUUCCCCAACUCAAAUCACCUGACUGCAGAGUGCAAGGACCUCAUUUACCACUUGCUCCAGCCUAAUGCAUCUCAGAGGUGGUGCAUAGAUGAAGUCUUAAAACACUCAUGGUUGCAGACUCCAAAAUCCACAAUCCUUCCCCUCUGCCAGCUGCAGAAGAGGAUGAGCAUUCCCAAAACCUAUGUGAAAGAAAGUCUGAGGACAAGCAGCAAGCCACAUCCCAUUCUGCAGAAAGGGAAGGAAGGGAGAAGGAAACAGGAUCCUCCUAAGGAUGGCUGGGUUUAA